AUCUGAUGAUUCUAAAGACAGUGAUCUUUCUGAUAACACAUCCCUGGAAAAGGACGGUAUAUACAGCAACAGCAAGAAAACAGAUAAUUCCCACGAACCUUUGGAUUUGUCAAUAAAAACUAAGGAACCGGAGAAGAAAAAAACCCUCAAGUCAAUACUUACAAGCCCAAAAAUAAUAAUUCCGAAAAUAUUAGGACAUACUAAACAAAUUGAUAAACCCGCUAUUAUUAAAAAUGAAGAUAAUGGUACAAUAUUUAAUAAACUUAAGCCCAAGAAAGUUGAGAGUGGAAUAAAAAAGGGGCCUUUAAAGGCUAUGAUUCCUCUAGGGAGUAUGGCUAAAAUGAAUGGUCCACCAGAUAAAUUUACAUCGCCAACACAUAGCUUAAAUAGCAAAUCAACUGGUCAAAGUAUAAAUAAGAGAACAAGCACUCCCAUAUUAGAAAAAAAUAUUAAACCAAUUGCACAAUCAACUCCUGAAUCAAAAUUAUCAGAGUCGUCGUUUGGGAAAAUGAAGUAUAAUAUUCCCUCUUCUCCUUUAGCAAGAACAAGUGGACUAGUUAAGCCUUCUACUUUGGUGGGAAGGAGAACUGCAUUUAAUAAUAGCAAAAAUAAUUCUGGGUCUGCACCAAGUCUAUCAGACUCAGGUUGCAAAGGGUUUAGUAAAAAGGAAAGCCCCAAUACAACCAUUGAAAGAAGGCAUUCAGCAUCAGAAUUGAAAAAACCCACUGGGCCCACUUUAAAACGAAGUUUCAGUGCAGCCCAGGAGGCAAGUUCUUCAGUUUUAACGAAAAUGAGACAAAAUAUCGCUAAGACAAGGCAUAAUUCAUUGGAAGGGCACAAUUCGAGAUUGAGCCUGAAAAAUCCUUCAAGAAGUUCUGAAAACAUCGCUGAAGGUAAUCAGUUAAAGGCAAAAAACAGAAUACUAUCGAACAUUAAACCAGCUAACCUGAUUUCAAAGAUAAACAGAAAACAAGGGAAAGAAAACAAAUGUUAGUUCACCUUUCAAUUUUAUUAAAAAAAUUAGUAACUAACUUCAUAUUUAUAAAUA